AGUUUCCUUAGUAUUGCCCUCCUAGUACCACAAUGUCUGGUAAUGGAGAAUGCCAAGUAACUUUCUUUGCUGCAGUUUGAAGGCAGUAUAGCCAUUGGGCUUGCACUCGGGCCACAUUGAGUCUCCAUACCCUACAUGUGUGUGUGGUUGCGUAUACUUCCUGUGGUGACUCAGAGCCUAGCUGAGGCUUGUCUUUUCGACACCAACACAUAUUCAAACUUGUCUGGACAAAUGAAACUUGCCGGUGGAAAGUUCCACUUUGUCUUAUACACAUGUGCAGGUUUCAGUUUUCUUUUUUCUUGAAUGAUACAGGAGAAGGUGUGUCGUUUUGUGUGGAAGUUUGUGGUUUGGUUUGUUACGGAUAGAAAGAGGGGAAACUCUCACAUUUCUGCCCAUAUGGAGAAUGAUGAAACUCUCAGGGAGUGUGAGAUGUGGGUGGUGACCAUUAUAACAGCAGUAAUAAAGCUAAUGAACCAAAAGAGCAGGGAGACUAAGGAGUCAGUUAGUCAAUGGGUCUGACCUAUGGAGAAACAGACAAGCCAGAUAUAUCAGGGGCCAGGAAAAGGUUAUGGUCCGACUGCGCCUCCUGGUGGACAUGGACAGGAUUACAGAGAAGGAGAGGCGCAGGAUGUUGUAUUUCCGCUUUCAAACGCUGGUGGACCAAGUGCCUUUCUCCAGGCUUUGUGCAGCCAGGAACACUGUGGCUCUCUGCCAGGAUUACUUCCUGCCCUGUGCUUUUGGAAUCUGGACGGGAAGCAAUAGCGUUUCUACACUUCCUGACACGCUUUGGCAUUUCCUCACACGUGUUCUUGAGACUUAUCGAGUUUCAUCUUGUAUGCUGCAAUAUUUGUCCUAUACUCGACAUGCAACUCCUAUAGGAUUUAUUUUUGAAAACAUUCAAGCUUGGCAUAGUGAAAUUAAUGCUGAGCUAGAGACAGACUUAAGUGCAAGAAGCACUUAGAGUAAAUGGCCUCACAGUUUAAUAAUAUUUUCCAUUUAAAGUUCGAGAGACUUGAUUCAUAUAAUGGCCUCUGAAUGCUUGCCAAGUACACUUUGUGCCUGCCAUCUUAAAUUAAGGCUUCAGUCAGGUUGUAUUAGCUGUGCCAUGUUUUUCUAAAAGUGAUGGUUCAGCAUUUGGUAGCCUAGGAUUGCAAAGUACAAAAAUAUCUACUCAGCAAUGAAACUCACAUAGGUCGAUUGUUGUUUUUGAAUAUUUAAUACGGACAGGCAAAAGUGGAUGUUUCAGCAUCUAGGCCUUCAAGUAUGACAACAAUUCAUGGUGAAAAUUGCUCUGUAUUUUUCAGAUUAUGAUGCUUUAAGGACCCAGAUGGCCAUGGUGAAAGAUCUUUUCAUGGUGAACAGCACGUCCAGCCUUCCGUCCUGCACCUACAGCGAGGACUUCAAGCGCUACCUCCUCCCGACCGUGUACAGCGCGGUCUUCAUCAUCGGACUCCCCCUCAACAGCACCGUCAUCCUGCGCAUCCUGCGGUCCGGCAAGGCCCUGACCCGCAACACCAUCUACAUGCUGAACCUGGCCGUGGCCGACUUCCUGUACGUCUGCUCCCUGCCGCUGCUCGUCUACAACUACGCCAGCCACGACUACUGGCCCUUCGGCGAGCUGGCCUGCAAGCUGGUGCGCUUCCAGUUCUACGGCAACCUGCACGGCAGCAUCAUGUUCCUCACCUGCAUCAGCUUCCACCGCUACCUGGGCAUCUGCCACCCGCUGGCCACCUGGCACAAGACCGGCGGCCGCAGGUUCGCCUGGAAGGUGUGCGUGGCGGUGUGGGCGGUGGUCUUCAGCCUCUGCGCGCCCACGUUCACCUUCGCCGCCACGGGGACGCAGCGGAACCGCACGGUGUGCUACGACCUGAGCGAGCCCAGCCUCUCGGAGAAGUACUUCCCCUACGGCAUGGCGCUCACCUGCCUGGGCUUCCUGCUGCCUUUCCUGGGCAUCGUGGCCUGCUACUGCCGCAUGGCGUUCGUCCUGUGCCGCGGCGAGGGCGUGGCGGUGGCGGCGCAGAAGAAGAAGGACAAAGCGGCGCGUAUGAUCGUCAUCGUGGUGGCGGUGUUCGCCGUCAGCUUCCUGCCCUUCCACCUGACCAAGACAGUGUACCUCCUGGUGCGCACCCUGCCGAGGGCGCCCUGCGGGGUGCGGAACAUGUACUCCGUCAUCUACAAGAGCACCCGGCCCUUCGCCAGCAUGAACAGCGUGCUGGACCCCAUCCUCUUCUACUUCACCCAGUCCAAGUUCCGCAGCAGCACCAGGUCACUGGUGCUCAGGGCCAGCACCUUCCGAGGCAAGGGUGCAAAAUUGUGAUUGUGUCUCUCUGAAGACUGACUCCCGGUAGAGGUGGGCGAGAGGAACUUGGCUGUUCUUUCCCUUUGAGGGUGUAUCUAUGUUGGUUGUAAUUGUUUUUGUCAUACGCUAGGUACCAUUAAUCACUUUGGAGCUUUAGCUGUUUCCAUUCCUGCCUGGUCUAGCUAAGGUUUGUGGGUGGGUUAAGUUGAAUGUAUUUCUGGAUGCAUUGAGCAGCUAAUGAGUUUUAGUGAAAGCGAGAGAAUAUUCAAUAUGUACAUUGAACAUUGUAGUUUCACAUUUUGCUUCAAUUGCAUAUAUAGGAUAUACACUCACCGAGUACUUUAUUAGGAACUUUUUUACUUUAUUUCACCUACUUAUUCAUGCGAUUAUCUAAUCAGCCAAUUGUGCAGCAGCAGUGUAAUGCAUACAAUCAUGUAGAUAUUGGUCAGGAGCUUCAGUUAAUGUUCAUAUCAACCAUCAAAAUGGGGAAAAUUGAUUGUUGGUGGCAGACAGAGUGGUUUGAGUCUCAGAAACUGCUGAUCUCCUGGGAUUUUCAUGCACACUAAUCUCUAGAGUUUGCAAAGAAUGGUGCAAAAAAAAAAAAAAAAAUCCCGUGAGCAGCAGUUCAGCAGACAGAAACGCCUUGUUAAUGAGAGACGCCAGAGGAGAAUGGACAAAUUUGUCAAAGCUGACAGAACGUAACGCAAAUAAUGACACAUUAAAACAGUGGUAUGCAGAAGAGCAUCUCUGAACACACAACGCAUCAUAACUCUAAGUGGGUAGGCUACAGCAGUAGAAGUCUAAAAAAAAGUCUAAUGGAUCCCUAAUAAAGUACUUGGUGGGUGUAUAUUUAUUUCGAAGAAUAGAUAUUUGUUUACUUCACCAAUUCAUAUAACAUUAUUCAGGCAGUUCAGCACCUUUUGGAGCAAAUUCAUAAAUCCAUUCUGAGAGCCACAAACUUGAGCAAGGACAGACUCAGCACCUCAGAUCUCUGACAAUAGUUUCAGUGAUGUUCAGUUCUUGAGAAGGACAAGCACUGUAAGACUAAGAUUACAAUUAUGUAAUACCAACAUAAAAUGUAAAUAUCAAUAGAAAAUGUUUCAUAGAAGGACAUAAAUCAUGACUGUUAUUUAAUACACACACUUGUCUUGGAAGCUUCAUAUGAGUACAAAAGGAAUGCAUGUAUUCAUUUGUUUACAGUUAUUCAAAUAUCUAGAGAAUGAAAGCAACAAAUUGUAAAUGCUACAAGUCAUUUGUUUUAUAUUUAAUUGAAGUGAUUUUUAAUUUAAAAUAUGUUUUUAUACACUCAGCAUUUAUUGAAGAUGCUUCAGUUGUUUGACUCUCAGAAUCAAGGAUUUGGGUUUGUUUAGAAAAAGAUUCUACAACAGUAUCAUUCUGUUGUGGUGGGGGGAAGCCAUCCAUCCAUCCAUUAUCUGAACCCGCUUAUCCUGAUCAGGGUCACAGGGGGGCUGGAGCCUAUCCCAGCAUACAUUGGGCGAACGGCAGGAAUACACCCUCGCCAGUCUAUCGCAGGGCACACACACCAUUCACUCACACACUCAUACCUACGGGCAAUUUAGACUCUCCAAUCAGCCUAACGUGCAUGUCUUGGACUGUGGGAGGAAACCGGAGUACCCGGAGGAAACCCACGCAGACACGGGGAGAACAUGCAAACUCCGCACAGAGAGGCCCCGGCCGACGGGGAUUCGAACCCAGGACCUCCUUGCUGUGAGGCGGCAGUGCUACCCACUGCACCAUCCGUGCCACCAGGGGAAGCCAUGUUUUUUUUUUGUCAUUCAAAAUACUGACCAACAAGUGGCAGGUCUUGUAAACUGUAUUGAUGUCCUCAAAUGCCUGCUAUUUAAAUAACCUUAUACAGCUCACUAAAAAGAAGCUAUGCAUGCAGUUAGUGCAGCUGAGGUAACACUGUGAUUUUUUUGAUUGUAUAACAAAAGCAUGAUUUAAAUUCAAUUAUAAAUCAGCUGUAAAUAAUAAAUCAAAGCAGUAGAGGAUGAAUCACAUAAAGUUCAGUUUUGCUGGAGAGCCAGCUUAUCCUCAAAACACAUCUCAAUUCAUUGAAAAAGGUCUAUAAUUUAAUGAAGUAUUUGGUAAUGGCAUGGUAGAGAGAUGGUUGAAUGCGUAUCUCUAUAAUGUUCUUAUCAAUGAUGAGUAAGUACACCGUUUUAAAAAUAACAAAUUUAAAAAUGAUUUCAAAAACACACAAAAAACAAACAGCUGUGAAUUUUAUGAUUCUAUCAUUUUUGGGGAGCAAAACACAGUAGCAGGUCAAAGGUUAAAUCCUAAAUAUGGCAGCACUGUUGUUGUAGACUGUGAAUUGGUAUUUAUCUAUUUGUAAUCAUGUGCUUGCACAAAUUGCAGGACUAUGUCUUAUAAAUGUAUAUAGAUUAUGGGCCUGAUUUACUAAGACCUUUAGCACGUGCAAAAACUUAGCGCACGCAAAACCAAUAACAUGACAAAUGAAUGUUAUGUUAUUUGUUUUGCACCAAUCAUUGAUUAUUAAGUGUUAUUAUAUUUGCAUGUACUAAAAGGUUUUGCCUGUGCUAAAGGCCCUAGCACAGUAAAUCAGGCCAUAUACAGAAUGUAUAGAAUUGGCAGCGGUACAUCAUUUUAGAAUUAUAUAUGAAUAUUAUAUAUCUUAUAUAUUUUUCAUAUUGAACAUAUAUUGUGUAUAUUUUCUACUUACUGUAAGCGGUAUAACAUUUAUUAAAGAUGAACUUAGGUGCAGAUAGGUGAAAAAGAAAAAUGAAAAAUGUUCAUUAGCUCUAACAACUGCUUUUCUGCCUAAAGUAGGCGACUCUUUAUUGAUUAUAAUCCAUUUCUUGAAAUGAAGUUGUAUUAUAAUCUGAAAAAUGCACUUAAACAUACACAUACACAUACAUACAUAAUGGAGAUGUACAUAACGAGCACUGUUGAGAGGGCAUCCUCCGAAUUCAAGUUUGUUUUCUCAAACACCUGCUGGGGUUUUUUUUCUUCCUGUGAAAUGUUGGGAUGUCACGCUCGUGCACACCCCGUGACUGUGUGUGUCUCUGGAUCAGCUUACGAACCUAAUAUAAGGGUUACUGGCUAAAAUAAUGAAACCAUAAAUAUUUGUGCUUUCUUCCUCACCCCGUGAUGAUAUCAGGUUGAAUACCCCGUGUAUCAGUCAGUAUUAUUUUCUUCCAAUUGUCGAAAUUAUCUUUAUUUUUUUAUUUUGUGAUGUUUAUAUUUUCUUCUAUGGUAUUAUAACAUUUGUUUUAUUGAUACAAUAAAAUGAGCAUCAUACGUA